ACGUAUUAUAUGAAAUUCAAGAUUCAUUUUUACUAGAUACUGAUAUGAAAAUACAAAAUUUAUCUAAAACCUCAAAAUAUAGUGAAAUUUCACAAGAAAGUAGUGACUCAGAGUAUUCAAUACAGAAAGAUUUUUCUAAUUGCAAUAGUGCUUUAAAUGAUCUUGGUUCAGAAGACUCUGAAGAUAAUUAUUCAGAUUAUUCUAAAUAG